CAGGCUGUUGGUUUCAGUUACAGCUCACCUCGUUCACUAGAAACUUUCACUGUGAUCAGACCUUUUAAAGACGUUUAGACAAGGCAAAUUGCCACGAGAAAGCCACCAUGCGCUCCUUGGUCUUCCUCAGGAAGAGGUGAUGGCUGGACCUGCCUGUCCUUCUACCUUUCAUUGGCCUGUAAAUCUAAGCAUGAGAAGGACUGCCAUUGCAGAGGUUCUGAUCUUAUCCUGCCUCUUAAGUGAUGUGGGAGGUGUGAUUUGCAGGUCAUGCAAUCUCUCCAUCCCAUUCCAUGGAUGUCUGUUAAACCUCGGAACCUGCAGAACAAAGCCUGGUCAGUUUUGUAUAAAGGAGAGCUUUGCCAAAGGUGGAAUCCAGUGGUUUUCAAUUAAAGGCUGCACCGAGGACAGAUCGGAGUGCUUCAAAAGGGUCGUGAGGCAUUACGAAGUCCGCUCUUCUCACUGCUGCCACCGGCCCCUCUGCAACUUCUGAGGAAGUGGGCUGUAUCCUUGUCACGUGACUAGCCAGCCAGCCCCGAAGCCUCGCCUAUUCUCGCGAUGGCAGCUUCUGUGUUGCAGGUGCCUUGGACCAUGGUCAGAGACUGUCUUCGGCGUUCACUAUGUCCCUAUCCUCCAACUCCCCCACGGUCUCCAAGGUGUCUCUCUCACAGGAGCUCUGUGUCACAAAAGCUGUUUCUGUUGCUAAGAUAAAAUAUUCCAAUGAAAAGCAUCUUGAGGAGGAAAGGGUUUAUUUGGCUUAUAUUUCCAAGUCAUGGUCCACCACUGAGGAAAAUCAGAGCAAGAACUCGGGGCCAGAACGUGCAGGCAGGAAUUGAAGUGGACGGAGACCGUGGAGGAACAAUGCUUGCUGGCCUGUUCCUCAUGGCUGGCUCCAUUUGCUUUCUUAUAUACCCCAGGUGCCCCAGGAAUGGUACCACCCAAAGUGGGCUGGGCCCUCCCACAUUAAUUUUGAAAUCAAGAAAAUGCCCUCAUAGACCUGCCCUCAGAAAAAGCCCAAUGUAGAUAUUUCCUUAACUGAGGCUCCCUCUUCCCAAAUGACACCAACUUGUGUCAAGUUGACCCCACUCCCCACCAAAAAAAGAUCCUUUCACCAUCAUAUCUCUCCUGCUUCUGCUUCCGUCCCCACUUGCUGUGGUGUUAGCAAGGCUAUGGAAAAGCAAAAUGUCCAAGAUUCUCCAAGUCAAACCUGUGUAGUGGGUAGCUGUUUCAGCAUUGACCUGGAAGCACUACCCCCAUUGAGGCUUCCGGUAACUGUCACGCCUAUGAGGUGGGGCGAGACAGGAGUCCUUAAGACCUGAGAACCGGAUAUGCUGGCUUUCUUGGUUCCUGGAUCCUGGACACUGGAGGUAGACCGAGCAGAGUUCUCCAGGGAACACCACUGGACUGCGCUACACCUUUCCUGGACCCUGUAACCUAUCCCUUUACUUGUAAUUACCCCCACAAAAUAAACCUCCCUUUUAA